AUGAGCGCUCGUAUUCCGAUCCUCUCAAAAUACCCAGGCAUCAACAGCAGGAAUGCGCUCGGAUCAGCACAAGAUGAUGCCAACGACACUCCUCGGCGCCAUAGCUCUUUCAAGCGACACGUCCCUGCGUUGAUCACAGCCCUCGGCAUCCAGCAACCUGGCGUAACGGUUGAGCGGCCAAGCUCGACUCCAUCCCGUAUGUCCGACACCCGCUCUCCACAUGCUGACGGUAUCAGGAAGUUGAGAAGAAAGACAGUGCAGCCCUCCAAGACCACCACCGCUCGUUUGUGGAGGUUCUCGUCCCAGUGGUGGUAUCGAAGUAUAUCCAACACGUCAACACGAACCCAUACUCCCCAGGAGGCCAUAGGGUCGAAGGUCCGUGUCCCCACAGAUGUCCGUGUUGUGGUGCACACACCACCCUCCGCAACCGUACAUGGUCUUUGCCGUCUUCGUCCCUCUCUCACACACGCGCUCAAGAAGAUCGAGGAUGGGAAUAACGUGUUUGACGAGGCUGCAAGGCCCGGCUGGCCAGUAGUCCAUUGGGGAGUUGAUGUUGAUGAGCUACGAGGCCGGGAUCAUUGCUUGGUUUGA